AUGACGGAUUGGAGCAAGUUGAAGGUUGCCGACCUCAAGGAGGAGUGCAAGUCGCGUGAUAUCCCUCUGACCGGCCUCAAAUUAAAACAACAUUACAUCGACAAGCUCGAAGAAUACGAAGCACAGAAUGGCGACCAGUCCAAUGACAAUGGGAAUGAACAGGCACAAGACACAGAAGAAGUCGAGGAACAACCUGCUCCGCAGGAAAAUGAAGGUGGUGGAGGAGAUCUCCAGCCUGACUUGGGUACGAGCGACAUCGGCAAGGAUGAGGCGUCCAAGGAUGCUAGCAGCGAUGAACACUCUGCGUCUCAAGAGAACGAAGGUGGAGCAGACAAGCCUUCGGUCAUUCCAGCCGAGGACGGUCAGGCUGAAGCCUUAACUAAGGCGGAGGAACAACCUAGCGCAGAAGUAGUUGCCCAGCCUGAUGAAACGGAGACAAAAGAUGAACCAGAAAAACUCCCCUCCCAGACCAAUGAGGACGACGGAACGAUUGAGGCUCCUGGACAAAGUGAUGACGCAGCGGACGGUGUAGGAGAGCCAUCCAAGGACGAGGUAACAACCAUCGACCAAAGCGGCGAACCCAAAAAGACUGCUGCGCUCUCCACACCACCCCCAACAGAAAAUCUGUCUGAUUCGAAUACGCCCUACUCCUCGCAAGUACCUUCCGGUGACCUUGCAGAAGACCUGAGGAGGCGGAGAAAAAGAAGUGCCACACCGGUUCCGUCGACGCAAGAUGUAGCUCGUAAGAGAGCGCGUUUAGUAGACGAUGCAGGAGAUGCGAAGGCGGAAGAUGCCCCAGAUCAAACCCAAGCGGAACUAGAGGGGGCAAGAGAAACCUCUGGAGAGCGUGCUGAAGUUGUCGCUAAAACAUCUGGAGAUGGUGUCGUUGUCACAGAAUCCCUUUCCCAGCCUGAGGAAACCACUCCAGGAGAACCCAAAUCAAAUGAUCAAAAAGCAUCUGCGACUCCGCCCCGAUCGACAUCUUCAUCAGAAGAUCGAGACAUUCCCCCGGCCAUCCACCCAGCAACAUCAUCCAUCUACAUCCGCAAUUUCAAGCGACCUCUUCACAUCCCUUCGCUUCGCGCCCAUGUUACAUCAAUAGCAAAAUCGCGUUCCUCCGACGAUGCUGAUCCCAUCACCACAUUCUAUCUCGACAGUAUUCGAACCCAUGCAUUUGUUUCAUUCACCUCAGUCGCGGCUGCCUCGCGAGUUCGCUCUGCGAUGCACGGAUCACGCUUUCCCGACGAACCUUUACGAGAGCCACUAUUUGUUGACUAUGUUCCCCCAGACAAGGUGCAAACAUGGAUUGAUCAAGAGACCGGCAGUGUGUUUGGUCGAGGAGGCGGUGGGAGUCGCUUUGAAGUAACGUACGAAGAAGGCGAAAGUGGCAUCGAGGCCAUUUUCCAGGAAGUCGACACCAGUAAACCUCGCCCUCCGCCCUUCGAGCCAAGUCGCGCUGCACCCUUCGACAGGCAGCAAUCAGAAUCCCUUUCCGCAGGUGUGCAUCCAACCCGCGAGAUCUUGACGUCUCGCGACCGCCGGCGGGGCCCUCCGACUGGUCCUUCAAACCCAUCGUCAAACAAUGGCAGAGGCUUCAAAGCGCUCGACGAACUCUUCGACUCCACCUCUACCAAGCCGAAGCUCUACUAUAAACCCGUACCUUUGUCCGUUGCGAAUGAGCGGCUCGACAUGUUACGCGCCUUGCGGACAGGGUGGGAAGAGCUGGGACGGAGCGGCGAUGAAGGCAUGAAGCGGUACUCCUUCGAGCGGGACAAGGACAGAGAGCAAUGGGUGGACAAAGGCCCCGAGUUCGGGUUCGGACGCAAGGGCCAGGCCAGGCUGGUUGGUGUGGGAGGAGGUGGAAGAGGAAGGGGAGGAGGCGGCGGCGGCGGAGGAGGAGGAGCAUAUCGAGGCAGAGCCGUGGACUCAUGGAGGGGGGGUGGGAGAUGA